AUGCAUCGCAGGAAGAGCACCGAGAAGACGAGAAAGGUGUCCCCUCCCUCACCGAGCUACAUGGACAACGAGCAGUUUGCUGCCUAUCUCGCCAAUCUGAGAACAAACCGAAUUGCCCGUCCCGGCGGAGCCAGACCCCUGCCCCCGUCUUCCUCGAGCACAAGAUCCAAACGUCCUUCCUACGAACACAGCGUUUCUGAACCUCUUCCUCGAAUCGAAAGCGCUCCCCAAUCCAGUCCAAGUUCAACCGAUGCACCUUCACGACCAAAUCCCCUUUCUGUCAAUACCAGCUUCUCGUCCCGUUACUCCAUGUCUAGCACUCAGGGGCGCGACUACUACCCCUACCGCCCAACGUCGCCUCUGAAGCCCUCGGAAGUUGUUCCCACGGCGACCUACAUGGAGAGAGGCCAGCGAUGGAUGGAGAAAGAAGAGGUUGCGUCGCUCCGGCAAGCCAUGGACGACAUGCAGGUUAAGAAAGACAUGCCCGGCCUCAAAAUCGAGGCCGCGCACACCAAGGGAGGACCUGCCGAUACACCAGAUGACGAGAACCGCAUUUACAGUGCUGCCCUCGAUGAAGCCUCCGAACUUGUUUGGCAGCAUCAGAACGGGGUCCGCCCUCCGGACCCUCAUGCCCCCUAUCGGUACAAGCCUCAUCUUAGAAAGGACAGCUAUGCCCACGCUCGAACAGCCAGCGUGGGUAAAUAUGGCGACGACGUGGUCCCAUCCGGUCUAGCUAGAGACAAGUCGAGAUCUGUUUCCGGCAGCUCUACUGAUAGUGACGGGCACUCUCGGCCUUCUCUUGCUUUGUCGCGAGAUAGCUUCAAAGGACAGAGCCGCAGCCCCGAGCGAUCGUCGAUGGACUCUGGGAUAUUGGGCACCCCCGGUACCAGCCGACCUCUCCCUAAACCUCUGUCCUCUGGCCGUCGCCGCAGCAGCAUGAAGCGGAACAUCAGCGGUGAGGUCGAGAGACCAUUUUCGGGUGAUCAGAUCUGGGAGGAACCGGAACACACCUUGCGCGGAGACAGGCCCGAAACAAAGCCAGUGUCAUCAUCGGACUUGCCGCUUGUGGACAAACCAAAGAUUCCGCAAGGCCAAGUCCAUAUUGCUGCGGCCUUCUCAGCGGACCGCGCGGCCCCUUGGAAACCCAAAUGCAAUGUCGAAAUCCACCGGAACCCACCGUCACAGUCGCGCAAUCCGCUGUACACGAUCAACAGUUCCGUCUCCAAGCCCAUGGUAGGCGAUGGUACGGUGCCUAAGAAGAAUGGCAUGGAGAUCCGUAGCGAUGAUAUCAGGGGAGCCACAAGCAUGAAGCUUAAGGAUCGCAGUGCGAAAUUGCCUACGCCCACGGCCGUCAGCGAUCGCCCUGGACGGCCGAUUGUAAGCUUCGAUUCGAAGUGGAAGGCCCCUGACGAGAAAACUGAUGCUCAGCCAGGAUCGGCUUUCGGCGACAACACAUCGGGAGCCUCGGGCCAAAGGAGCCAGCCGAUGGAAAUUCCUUCUAUUGUGGUUGCGCCGGAGGAACCCCCGUCGGACAGAGCACACGAAGUCCCGCCAAUCCCGUCCAUAAGCAUCGACGGCGCAGAUGAGCCGGCUGGUCCUACCCCAAGCAUGCCUGUUGCAGUAACCCCUGAUGUCCACUCCUCUGUGUCUACGCCGCGGCCGCUGCCGAACCCCAAGACGGCAUCCAAGGCACGACCCUUCCAACGUCCGCAACGGCAUUGGUCACCUGCCGCUAUGUCAGGCAAUCGUUCCACAACGCUCUGCCACGAGUGCGGGUUUCCCAUUGAAGGCAGCCUCGAGGCGCUGGAGAUUAGCCCCGAGCCUGAUGCUCAUCGCAAAGAGCGUCUGGAGAGGAUCGAUCGUAGAGCUAACGGGGAGGCACUGGAGGAGACGCCGGGAAAGACCAUGGCCGAGGACGGCGAUGAGCGCCUGCGUUUCUACUGUCAUCUCGACUGGCACGAGCUUUAUGCACCGAAAUGCAAGCAUUGCAAGACACCCAUCCUCGGCGAGCAUGUGGUCGCACUCGGCGAGCAUUGGCACUAUGGACAUUUCUUCUGUGCCGAGUGUGGUGAUCCGUUCGAAAAGGGCAUGACCCACAUCGAGAAAGAUGGAUACGCAUGGUGCAUCAACUGUCAAACCAAGCGGACGGAAAGAAGGGCGCCCAAAUGCAAAAACUGCAAGACUGCUGUCAUUGGGCAGUACAUUAGGGCACUGGGAGGCGAGUGGCACGAUGAGUGCUUCCGCUGCGCUUCCUGCCAGGGUGGCUUCGACGAUGGCCAAAUCUUCCCCAAGGAGGUUGGGGACAAGAUGGUGGUACUGUGCACGGGAUGCCGCAUGAUGGAACUCAAAGCGUAA